CAUGCAGCCUGGAGACUGCAGAGAGACCGUCUGACUGCCUCCUGUCAUUCCCAGAUAUGACCAGCAGCUGACGGGACAAACAGUGAGGUAAAGACCAGGAUUCUAACACCAAUCCCACAAAAAUACCCACACAGAGCAUCUUGGUGGUCACUUUUUAGUGCGUCCUGGAUGCAACCGCAAACUAAAGAAUACUUCUACAAUGUACCCUGUUUUGGGCUGAAUAUCCAGAUAGUCCCUCUGCAGAGAAGAGCUGGACCAGAGGAUGAUGAUGAUGGUCCAAAAAGACGAAGGCCUGUGUAAUUCGUUACUUGAGCUGGAUGCCAUCAUGCAGGAGAAGAAACAUCUCAUCAGUCAGUUGGAAGAAUUUACUUUGUCUGGGACUAUAGAGUCAAAGCAAGCUCUUCUGAGGAGUUUGCAGACAGAGGAAAGCAGUCUGCUGGAGCAGGAGUGUAAUCUGAAACUCAAGCGUGAGCAGCUGAAGAAAGCGGUUGAUGCAUAUUCAAACUUAGAACAAGGUUCACAGGUGAAUUCAGUGAAACCGGGCUCAUCCAGCCAGAGUAAGACUACUGACAAGACUGUGAGAAAAAGAGGAGCACGCAAGUGAACACAACACAAAAAUUCAAUAUUUAUUUUUAGCAAAUUUAACUUGCAAUAAACAUGAGGAAAUAAUAACCCUUG